GGCGAGCGCUGGGGCGGCGGCGAGGGCCAGUGAGUGCGGCGGCGUGGGGCGGAGGCAGGCGCCCGGGCCACUCGGGAUUGGGCCGCCGACCGGACCACCUGCCACCCAGGGGAGGGUCCCGGUGGCGAGAGCGGGGCGGGGUGCCCUGGGAACCCUGGACCUAACUGGGGCAGAGGGCACUGGACCGGGCCGGACUCAGGCAUUCCGGAGGCGGGCGAGCCCAGGUUGCUGAGAGGCUGCAGGAAGGUGAUACGGAGAGCUGAAACCAUGGUUCAGCAGGUGCUGUACCGGGCGCUGGUCUCCACCAAGUGGCUGGCGGAGUCCGUCCGGGCUGGCAAGCUGGGCCCUGGCCUUCGAGUGCUGGACGCCUCCUGGUACUCGCCGGGCACCCGCGAGGCCCGCAAGGAAUACCUAGAGCGCCAUGUGCCCGGCGCCUCCUUCUUUGACAUAGAGGAGUGCCGGGACAGAGCGUCGCCCUACGAGAUGAUGCUGCCCAGCAAGGCGGGCUUCGCCGACUACGUGGGCGGCCUGGGCAUCAGCAACGACACGCAUGUGGUGGUGUACGAUGGUGACAACUUGGGCAGCUUCUAUGCGCCGCGGGUCUGGUGGAUGUUCCGUGUGUUUGGCCAUCGCACCGUAUCCGUGCUCAACGGUGGCUUCCGGAACUGGCUGAAGGAGGGCCACCCGGUGACAUCUGAGCCCUCACGCCCAGAGCCAGCUGUCUUCAAAGCCACACUGGACCGCUCCCUGCUCAAGACCUACGAGCAGGUGCUGGAGAACCUCGAAUCAAAGAGGUUCCAGCUGGUGGAUUCACGGGCCCAAGGGCGGUACCUGGGCACGCAGCCGGAGCCAGAUGCAGUAGGACUGGACUCGGGCCACAUCCAAGGCUCAGUCAACAUGCCCUUCAUGGACUUCCUGAUGGAGGAUGGCUUCGAGAAGAGCCCGGAGGAGCUCCGUGCCAUGUUCGAGGCUAAGAAGGUGGACCUCGCGAAGCCCAUCAUCGCCACGUGCCGAAAGGGUGUCACCGCCUGCCACAUCGCCCUGGCCGCCUACCUCUGCGGCAAGCCCGAUGUGGCCAUCUAUGAUGGCUCCUGGUUCGAGUGGUUCCACCGGGCCCCCCCAGAGACCCGGGUGUCCCAGGGGAAGGGCGGGAAGGCGUGAGCAGUGGCCUCUCCUACCCUCGCCCACAACUCCUGCCAGUGGAGUGACCCCAGCGUGGCCCGCAGCUGGUCCAUGCCUCAUCGGCUAAGGAGAUGAACACGUUUUUAGAGUUAAUGUGUAGAGCGCUCCUUUUCCCAGCAACACUGGAAUAAAACUGGCCUUUUCCGAGUA